CCUUUUCCGUUCUAGGUUUCUCACUGCGCCCUCCAUGGGUAUCUUCAGUACCCUCUUCUCUCGCCGCACCCUCUCCCUUUCCCUCCUCAAAAUCCCUUCCAGACCCACCUCCUCCCAGCCCGCCCCUACCCCAACCCCAACCCCAACCCUUGCCGGCCCCACCAAAAAGCCCCUCCACGUCCUCUUCACCCAAGCCCUCGGCCUCUCCCAAAAACCCACCCCCUCCGACGAAGAAGAAGAAACUGCCUCCGAAACCCUAACCGAACUCAAGAACAACCUGAAGCAGUUAGAGCAAGAGAUUAAGACCUUCAAAGACAGCACAAAAGAUGUUACCCUAAAAUCAGAGAAGAAGAAGCAGAAGAUGAGCUUGUUCGCUGUGUUUACCAAUAAGCAGAGGGAACCGAAACCAAAGGAGGAGUCACUCGCUGCUGCUAAGAAGCUCUCCCCCGAUGUGGCGGUGUUCGUGCAGUACUUGUUCAAGAAGGGGUAUUUCAACGACGCCAAUUUCGCUAAGGGGAGGAAGAACUUUAAUCCUGAUUGGUUCUCCAAUGUCUUCGCCUUAGGCUAUAUCAAGUUUGCCGCCAACAAAUUCGCCAGAGAUCAUCGAGAAAUCGCCAAAUGGCUAUCAGGAAGUGCCUUGAAGCAAGUGGCCGUGUUUGGUUGCCCCUACCCCCACAGGAGUGGCGUCUUUCCUGCUAAAAGUCUGCGAAAGUUUUUUGAGGUUCCAGAAAACACUGUUUGCAGUGGAUGUGCACUGCAACAAUCAUGCAAGUUUGCGAAUCGAAGUGUAUGGAAAUGUGACGACACCAAUAAUUUGGAUUUUUUGACUGUUAUGAAGGUUAUUACUCCAUAUGCUUUAGAGUCAGUGCACCCCCAACUGGAAGUGCCUGAUGAAGUAAAGAAGUCGGUGAGUCAAUUGCUGAAGGAGGUUGUGAAACUGAGUCAAACGACCUGAGAUUGCUUCUGGUUGAUCGUAUAUUGUUUUAACUUAUUCUCACAUAUGGAGUAAUAACCUUGCAGACCAUUUUUGGAGAUUACCUUUCUUGCUACACAAGCCUUAAUGUUUCAAAAUGAUGCUCGGGUCAAAAGAAGAGAAUUCAUAUGGACAACCUACCUCUCCUUAAUGCAGAAUUUCUCAUGAGUGACAACGUUUUCUUUGGAUAAAAUGCUUGUAUGAAAAGGACGAAAGUCAUCUUUAUGGACUAUUAAUAGUAUGGGUUUUGGUUUGGGGAAGUAAGGUGAUUUUUUUUUUUUGGUAAAAGUAUUGAAUUCUUUAGUUCAUAGUAUUUAAAAGAAUAGUUGUUUAUUUUUAUCAAUUUCUUGAAUGAAUUUUUAAUAAAUUAAGCAAUUAUUUUUUUAAGUAAAAAUGUUACCAAACAUGCACUGCCAUGAACUUUGGGCUAUUCAA